CUCAUGCCUAAUGCUCAGUGAUCAGAAAAGCAUCACCAAUCAGAUAUGCCUGCUAUACACACGUAAACACUCUCAAUUCGGCCUAUGGAAUUGGGUAUCAGCUGUUUGCUCUGUCCUUAUCCAUGGGCACCGUUAUGAUUGUGAGCGAAGUGGAUGAAGAAAGAUGGCACCCCACAGGCACCCGAACAGCAGGUCCGUCCAGCGGAACCCCAAAUUUGAGCAAUUGCAGGCCGACCAUGAGCUUUUUCUUCAAGCUUUUGAAAAACCAACACAGAUUUACAGAUUCCUUCGAACCAGGAACCAAAUUGCACCUAUUUUCCUACAUAGAACAUUGAGUUAUAUGCCACAGCGGUGCCAAAGGACUAAUAAUAACAGGAAAUCUUUUGAGACAAUUGGUUUGCUGGAAAAAGUUGAGACGAAACUCAAACGAGAUGCAAUGACGGAAAGGACGCAAGGAGAGUACAUGAAUUUAUUUUUCAAGGAAUUUCAUCAAACCAGAGAGUUGACCAGUGAGAGCACAGUUACUGUCGAGGCUGUGCUUUUAAAAGUUUGUCACAAGAGGAGAAAGGAUAUAUCAUCACCAAUUAAACAAAUGUUUCUCGGUAAACAAAAAGUGCCAGUGAACAGUGACUCCAUGACAACCAGUGACGAUCAACUACGUCACAUCUCAGUACCCAGCAGUACUUUCAGCCAAUCCAAUGGCCAGACGGCCAAAUCCUUCAUAUUGCUACUCAAGGUUCAUGGGGAAAGGUCUCAGUCCAAAGACUGGUCGCCUGGAAGUGAUAAUCUAUGCAACGGAGAUGUUAGUGAAGAUCAGGAGGAGCAGCCAUCCAAGCGUCGCAGACUCAGUAGAAACUCUUCACCUAGUCAAAAUGAUUCCUUCACCUACUCAUCAGAACUUGUGGUACUGGACAAGGACAAUUGUCAACUCACCAACGGCGAUUACGAAGUUGCUUUGCAAGAGGUCAGGCCAAAGGUCAUGAACGGCAAGCAUGCAUCGUGGGAAAUGCUGAUGGAUGGCAAGCCUGUGGCACCGUUCGAGUCCUUCAAAGACCAACCAACUUUAAAGUUCCAUCUCAAGUGGAGCGAGACAGCUCUACGGUCUUCCAAUCAUCUCCAACCGACGAUGUCAUCGAGUAGCAAUCACAGGACGUUGUUCACAAGCUCAGGGACCCUCCUUAAUAAUUCAAACAGCCAGUCACCUGAGCAGAGCGGUAGCAGCAAUGGUGUAUCAAUAUUAGAAGACACCAACGGCGUUCCAAGCUCCGAAGAAAACAUUCCGCACAAGUCGUCCGUUCGUAUCAACGCCUCCAAGAGGGAUCCCACUCCUGCCACCGCUAUCCCCCCACCGCAUGUCUUCUACCAGUUCCUGUAUAACAACAACACCAGGCAGCAGACGGAGGCCAGGGACAACAUGCUCUGCCCGUGGUGCUCCGUCAACUGCCUGGAGCUGUACAGCCUUCUCAAGCAUCUCACCACGUGCCACAGUAGAUUUAACUUCACCUAUGUGCCUUGUCCAAAUGGAGCCAGAAUAGAUGUGACAAUAAACGAACACUACGAUGGUUCCUAUGCCGGCAAUCCUCAGAACCUUACAUCACACACUGGCUAUGCAUUCCACAGGAACGGGCCGUGUAGACGCAGCCCAGUCACACAGAUACUGGUCAUUAAACAUACCAAACGACCUCUCGGCACCUUGACUGAAUUCCAGGAGGGGGAGAAUAAAGACUACCUCAGUGUCAGACCUCAAAUCUCAGGACAUAACAGAAUGUACUACCACACCCAUUCACUGCAACCAAUCAGACCUCAAGAAAUGGAAGUGGACAGUGAAGAUGAGAUCGACCCUUUGUGGCUUCAACAGAGAACGAGAAUGAUGAUUGAUGAGUUUACUGAUGUCAAUGAAGGGGAGAAGGAACUCAUGAAGCUUUGGAAUCUACAUUGUAUGCAACAUAACUUUAUAGCGGACAGUCACAUCCCACUUGCCUGCCAACUGUUCAUCGAGGAACGCGGCCGACAGCUGUUAGAGCUCAACCUCUACCGCAACUUCAUGCUUCACGUGAUCAACAUGUACGACUUCAGUCUCAUCUCUCCGUCUGUCGUUGUUCGAACGCUGCUGCAGCUGGAUCGCCUUAACGACUCCAUGGCCCGGGAAGGAGCCAAGGAGGUGAUGAAGGAAGAGAAAGUUGACAUGGUUGGAGGAGUAGGAACAUCGGAGGAGGAUGCGGAGGUUGCUGGAUUGGUCCAAGACACCACAGAGGGGGUAGGAGAGAGCUGAAGUUGCCGAUCAAAGGUUUAGAGACAGCAAUUUGCUUAUAUUGUAAGAUUAAGGCAUCCCUACUUAUUAGGACUUAUGCAAUGUUCUAUGAUGUUGGAGGAAACUGAAGCUCAUAUUGAGAUCGUAGAUCCCAUGACUAAAGAGACGGCUGUUGUAAGAUAAAGUACCAAUUGAACCAUCCCUAAUUGGGACUUGAGCUAUGCUCUUGAGGACAGCUUGAAUGCGGUAUGCAGAGUAUUAUUACAUGUUUAUGUAAUAUUUCUCAACAACAUCAGAGGGACGCAUCGGAAACUGUAAUAUAUAUUUUCCAGAGACAUCCUGAGCAGUGCUCCUGAACAAUUUUACGGGAGCAUUGAUUUAUGUUUUUCAUGCCAAUGUGUCAUCAGCAACGUAAAGAAAAAUAACUUUUCGUUAAUAUUAUUAUGAACCCAGAUUGUUUGUUUUAUACCUAUUCAAUGAUGAGUUGAUGGCAGUCUGCAAUCAGGCAGACAUAUGAGGUGUUAUCAACACUGUGAUUGGGCAGCAUUCAUAAGUGCUAAUUGGUUGGUCGACUAAUCAGCAGCUGGUUGUGACAGUUGUUAACCAAUCAGAAGCGUCAUUUCAGCACUGUCCAUCUCAGAAGAUUGCAACAUUUUUUUCUCAAACAUACAAUUCAGACAGAUUUCGGGUCAUAUGGAGACCUAUUGACCCCUUGCACGCGCGGCACGCUCGGCGACUGACGCCACGCUCACCAUGUUGGUGGUCAAUAGGUUUACGUGUUAACGCCGCAUCACCUAAAAUGUGAAUUUUUCUGAAUAACACACAUUGACAUUGACCACUAAAAUGGCGCAUCCAAGAUUAUUCUGAUGAUGACGUCAGGUGAAUUGGGUCAAUAUAAGCUGUUUAAGUGAAUGACGGACAUGCAUUUAUUGAACACGUAAUGGUGCAGGAUUUGUGCUUAUAUGUGUAAAUCUCUUUUUGACUGACGCCGGACUGCUUUAUUCUUAUGUUAAUGCUACUUGAGAGCUAACAGUCACUCGCCAUGCAUAGCAAAUGGUUGGUUAACCAGUUACUAACAUGCAAAAUGAACUUUCAGACUGGAGGAAAGACUAGUCCAGGAGACUAGGCUGUUACGGCAGACAUUUGAUGUGACUUGACAAUGAGACUUCUUGGCAUCUUGCAGGCAAUGCAGAGUCGACGCAUAUUUCUUCAUGUACUUCUAAGCAGACAGGUUGUUGUUGUUGUUGUUUUUUGUUUGUUUCGGGGUGGGGGAGAUUUUAUGGAUACUGGGUGCUUUAAUCAUUGUUGUAGUGUUGACUUCAAACAUGCUUUUUACAGUAGGGUUAGCCCAUUAGAGCUUACACUUCAUGCUGUGCCUUCUGGUUUUGCCUGCUGUCGGAAAUCAGAAAAUAAAUGCUGGGUUGUAGUUUGCUUUUGUAUGCAAGCAAGGUUUUAAAAUCCUAUUUUGAUGGAGAAUUUUGUGUUAUCAUUUCUGGGAGGGGCUGGCAAAUAUAUGUUUGAAUACAUCAUAUCUUGCUGCUUAGCUGACUGGACCAGUUGCCUGGACCAGUCGGUAUUCAUCAACAGGAAAACAAAAAAACAAGUGCCUUAAAGUUUUCUUCAUCAGAUGUUAAAGUGGGUUGUGAUGACAAUAUUGGGUUAAUGUGUUUAUUUGUGUUGGUUUAUUCAUUGCGCAGUGUUGCGCCUGUCUUGUGUAGUGUUACUUCUUCCUCAGUAUGCUGCCAGAAUUGUCUUGAGACAUUGCACAAGAAAAAGAAGAAAACAAAGACGAGACUGGAAAGAACAGAAUAGUUAUACCCCUCUUUUUAAAUAUUGUGAAUUAUUGUUUAUAUGUGUACAGGGAACAAGACAGGGAGAAGUUAUAAAAUGUUAACAGUAACUUUGGCACUACUAGUGUUUCCAAAUACCCCAAUUACUUCUGAUUCCUCCACAAUCCAUUGUUUCCAUUUACUUGAAGUUGGUGGAUUUGGUACUGGUCUUUGACAAUUACCAAAGGUGUCAAGUGUCUCUACUAGCUUAAUGAAAUUGGGCCCAGGGUGCAAAGGAAGUUGAUGCGUUUGAAAGGAACAUGGCGUCAUUAUCAGUCACUGCAAAAUUGUACUUGAAACUUUGUGUAAAACCUUGGAGUAUUAACUGAUGAAAGGAACUGUUUAAGAAUUGUGCUUGAAGUAAAAUGUAUAAAAUUAUUCCUUUACUGUUCAAUGGGGUAGAACUCUCUUUUGAAAACCAUGAGAAAUUGUAAAUAUGUUUACCAUUCUAAUUAACUCACCGUUUAUAAUUGAGGAAUUUGACCCUAUUUAAAUUAAAACACUUUGUUUCCAGGGAUUCAAUGCACAUAAGUUAGCAUUGUUCUUUAAAAGAAUUAAAGAAAUAACCUUGUUUUCUCAAAGUUGAAGCCCUGGUGCAAAGUUUACAACCCCUCCUUUACCCAAACCCCACCCCAGUUUCAUAGAAACGUUUAAGAACAAAAAGUAGCUAAGAACAACAAAAUUAUGCGUACCAGAUUUAGGUUACCAGCCAAACACUGUUUUUUUAUACACUGCAUUUUCUCAUCGUUUUGCUUGCAAAUGACUAACAGUUUUCUAUCUAUAUCAAGCACGAUUCCAAUGAAAGCAAUUCCGUGGGAAAUGUUUCUUUAAAUCUUGGACAAAAAGAGAGCUUAAAGGCUGCAAAACAGUAUCUGUUUUUCUAUGAAGUGUAUGAGCUCCUGUUUCUGUGGCUAACGCGUGUGCAAAAUAUGCUCGUUGCGGAUACGUGUCACGUGAACACAAAAAGUGUCUAUGUAUCAGUAUCUGUAUGUGUAUUCGUAGACUUGCAAAACCUCUCUAAUAAUAUCUCACAUGUACACUUUUAGACUGGUAUCCUGCCUUUUUUUGCUUAGCAGAAAUUAUUUAAGCAAUAUUUUGUGCUAAAGCAGCUCUAUGAAAUUGGGUCCUGGUAUGCAGUCUUAUGCAAUGCCACUCGUAUUUGUAUAUUUAUAUCAUUGCUGUACUUCUACUUGUAAUAUUUUGUACUUCUCCAAUGGCAUUGCUUGUAUGAAUUAAAUGUCAAACAAUUUUUUUUUCAUUUUCUGAUUUUGUGAACCAUUUCUGAUUUUGUUAAACAGGACUGAAAAUUUGUAUUUUCUUGUAUCUAGGUAGAGACAAAAUGAUGAACAAUAAUAAAUUCUGUUUGCAAUAAAA